UAGACGAGGAGAGUAGUGUCAUGAUGUGUGCGGUGGGCAGGCUUUCGGUGUCUGUAUGACAUGUGACUGAAGCGAGUUGGUGUGUGUGGAAUUGCCUUUUUCUGCAGACACCUGAUAUACGAAUAAUAAAAAGACAACCCGUAUUAGAUACAGACAUACAGCAAUAAAGAUUAACAGGGCACAGAUAUUUAUGAAACAUGGACAUAAAAGACCAAGGAGCACAAAUGGAGCCUUUACUCCCCACGGUACUUACCAGUGUUGGAAACAAGAAUGUGAGAAAUGAUGAGGAAGCAGUCAUUGACAGAGGUGGGACUCGUUCCAUUCUGAAAACUCACUUUGAAAAGGAGGAAUUGGAAGGUCACCGGACAUUAUAUAUCGGUGUGCAUGUACCCCUCGGAGGAAAAAAAAAUCACAGGAGACACAGACAUCGUGGACAUAAACAUAGGAAGCGAGACAAGGAAAGGGAUUCAGGUGUAGAAGAUGGAAGGGAGUCUCCAAACUAUGAUACUCCAUCUCAGCGUGUGCAGUUCAUUCUGGGAACUGAAGAUGACGAUGAAGAGCACAUUCCCCAUGACCUUUUCACUGAGCUCGAUGAGAUCUGUAUGCAUGACGGAGAAGAUGCAGAAUGGAGAGAGACAGCAAGGUGGCUGAAGUUUGAGGAGGAUGUGGAGGAUGGAGGAGAGCGGUGGAGUAAGCCAUAUGUUGCCACCCUGUCACUUCACAGUUUGUUUGAACUAAGAAGCUGCAUCCUCAACGGAACGGUUCUGCUUGACAUGAGAGCUAACUCGCUUGAAGAAAUAGCAGAUAUGAUCCUAGAUCAGCAAGAGUCCUUGGGACAGCUGGAUGAGGAGGUACGGAAGAAGGUGCGGGAAGCUCUUUUAAAGCAACAUCACCACCAGAACCACAAGAAACUCAGCAACAGGAUCCCCAUUGUCCGAUCAUUUGCAGAUAUUGGCAAAAAACAAUCCGAGCCCCAUUCCAUGGAUAAAAAUGGUCAGAUGGUUUCUCCACAAUCUGUACCUGCCAAUACGGAGGGCAGAGGUGAUGUCAGCCGAGAAAAUAGUACUGUUGAUUUCAGUAAGGUUGACCUGCACUUUAUGAAAAAGAUUCCUCCAGGGGCUGAAGCUUCGAAUAUUUUAGUUGGCGAACUUGAAUGUUUAAAUUGCCCUGUAGUUGCAUUUGUUCGCUUGUCUCCUGCAGUCCUUCUUUCAGGACUGGCUGAAGUUCCCAUUCCAACAAGGUUCUUGUUUAUUCUACUGGGGCCACUUGGAAAAGGUCAGCAAUACCAUGAGAUUGGCAGGUCGAUUGCAACUCUAAUGACUGAUGAGGUUUUCCAUGAUGUUGCAUACAAAGCCAAAGAUCGCAAUGACUUGGGUGCUGGAAUAGAUGAAUUUCUUGAUCAAGUGACGGUGCUUCCACCAGGGGAGUGGGACCCAACAAUUAGAAUAGAGCCACCAAAAAAUGUACCCUCUCAGGAGAAACGUAAGAUUCCUGCCGUGCCAAAUGGCACAGUUGCACUGGGCAAAGAACCGGAGGUCGGAGGUCAUGGAGGGCCUGAGCUGGAGCGAACUGGAAUGAUAUUUGGCGGGCUCUAUUUCGAUAUCAAAAGAAAAGCGCCACAUUACUUGUCUGACUACACUGAUGCCUUCAGUCUGCAGUGCUUGGCUUCGUUCCUCUUUCUGUACUGUGCUUGUAUGUCACCUGUAAUCACGUUCGGCGGGCUACUGGGAGAAGCAACUGAAGGUCGCAUAAGUGCUAUUGAAUCAUUAUUUGGAGCCUCAAUGACUGGAAUAGCCUACUCUUUGUUUGCCGGGCAGCCCCUCACAAUAUUAGGCAGUACUGGGCCGGUCUUAGUGUUUGAAAAGAUAUUGUUCAAAUUCUGCAAAGAAUAUGACUUGUCCUACCUCUCACUGAGAUCAUGCAUAGGACUCUGGACCGCAUUUCUUUGCAUUGUCCUUGUUGCCUCGGAUGCAAGUUCUCUGGUGUGUUACAUAACCCGUUUCACUGAAGAAGCUUUUGCUUCCCUUAUCUGUAUUAUAUUCAUUUAUGAGGCCCUUGAGAAGUUGAUUCACCUUGGUGAAACGUAUCCAUUCAACAUGAACAAUAAAUUGGAAACGCUUACACAAUAUUCAUGCGUAUGUACUGAGCCAACAAACCCAAGCAAUAAUACUCUGGAGUACUGGGACAUGAAAAACAUCACUGUGUCAGAUGUAACUUGGGGGUCUCUAGAUGUGCAUGCAUGCAUAGAGAAACAUGGUGAGUUUCUCGGAAAUGCUUGUGGGCCCCAUGGUCCUUACGUCCCAGACGUUCUCUUCUGGUGUGUUGUCCUCUUCUUCUCGACAGUCAUAAUGUCUGCCUUUCUAAAGGAUUUCAAGACCAGUCGCUAUUUCCCCACUAAGGUGCGGUCAAUUAUCAGUGACUUUGCUGUAUUUAUCACCAUCUUGACUAUGGUUUUAGUUGACUAUGGCCUUGGGAUACCAUCACCGAAACUUCAGGUUCCCAAUGAAUUCAAGCCUACCAGAGAUGACCGAGGCUGGCUUAUUAACCCCCUGGGUCGUAAUCCAUGGUGGACUGCACUGGUGUCUGUGAUUCCCGCUUUGCUGUGCACUAUUUUAAUCUUUAUGGACCAGCAGAUUACAGCAGUCAUCAUAAACAGAAAAGAACACAAACUGAAGAAAGGCUGUGGGUACCACCUUGAUUUGCUGAUAGUGGGAGUCAUGCUGGGAGUGUGCUCCAUUAUGGGAUUGCCUUGGUUUGUGGCUGCCACUGUUCUCUCCAUAUCCCAUGUGAACAGCCUCAAAUUGGAAUCUGAAUGUUCAGCCCCAGGGGAGCAACCCAAAUUCCUGGGAAUUCGGGAACAGAGGUUCACUGGGUUGAUGAUCUUUGUGCUUAUGGGCUCAUCUGUGUUCAUGACCUCAGUACUGAAGUUUAUUCCAAUGCCUGUGCUGUAUGGAGUGUUCCUUUACAUGGGAGCAUCAUCAUUAAGAGGCAUUCAGUUCUUUGAUCGUUUGAAACUCUUUGGGAUGCCAGCCAAGCACCAGCCGGAUUUCAUCUACCUGCGGCAUGUUCCUUUAAGGAAAGUCCAUCUCUUCACUAUAAUCCAGCUCAGUUGUCUGGUCCUGCUUUGGGUAAUAAAAACAUCAAGGGCUGCAAUCGUGUUUCCAAUGAUGGUGUUGGCACUGGUGUUUAUUCGAAAACUGAUGGACUGUUUUUUCACAAAGCGAGAACUGAGCUGGCUGGAUGACUUAAUGCCAGAGAGUAAGAAAAAGAAAUUAGACGAUGCAGAACGAGAGGAAGAACAAAGCAUGCUGGCAAUGGAAGACGAGGGAAUAAUCCACUUGCCAUUGGAAGGAAAUUACAAGGAAGAUCCUGCAAUGGUUAACAUUUCCGAUGAAAUGGACAAAACGUCAGUAUGGAAGACUCUCACCAUGAAUACUGAAAACACAAAAAACAAAGACGUGUCCUCCAAAAGCUCCCUUUCCUAACCUCUAUAGAAGCUGAUUUCCCAAAGCUUUAACUGUAGUAGUGAAAGAAGACUGGAGAAGAAAGCAGACUCAGGGAAAGGCAUUGACAGGGAGACAUGUCUGUAACCUAUUCCUCAGUUACAUUGCUUUUUUCACAUGAAAGACAACGGUGUGCCAGUUAUAUAGUGGGGUAGACCUCAUUACGGUGUGUAUAUUUUGUCACGUAAGUCUGUAGGUAAAUUAUGAAAAGUUAUAUUUGAAUAUAUCUAAAAAUGUACCUGUAUGUUUUUUUAGAAAACAUACAGUCACCGCUAAAAUAAGUGUAAUUUUUUGGUGUCUGUUAAUGUAAAAUUAUACCAGCAAUUUAAAAGAAUCAUAUCUGCUGAUAAAAGAAAAGAUGUUUUCUGAUAAUCAUUUGGAAUGAUUAAUUCUACUAGUUAACUGUUGCUUAAAAACAGUGUGAUUUAAUUUGUGUUACUUUUAAACAAAGUUGUAUGUUUUAUAUAUAUACAUUUUCCUAAAGACCAUGCAAUACCGACCAUUCUCAUAUAUUGUGAAUCAAGUUUGAUUUUCAGUUAUAUUAGAUGACAUAUUUCAUAAUUUAACAAGAAAAUUGACAUAGAAUACACUAAAUUAAAGUUGCAAUCCUAUAAAUGAAAUGUACUAUCAAAUACCAUAAAAGUGUUGCCCACUUGUGAUAUUAACCUUGUACUGCACACAGGUUAAGUAUUGUUGGUUAAACAUUUUUUAAAACUAAAAGGUACACAGAACUUCUAUUGACAUUUACUAAUAUGUGAUACUCAAUUAAAAUUAAAAAUACUACACACCAUCUCACAUGCUUGACUGUAAUGUCUUUCUUGUUCCAACUUUAAUAGUUUAGCUUAGCUUCAUGUGUGGCUAGUUAUAUGUGUAACAGCUUAUAUCACUGAACACACCACGCUUCAUAGUAACAUAAACCGCAUAUUGCUCUGCGGUUGUACAUUUUCAGCAAUAGUAUUUCGAUAUUAAUUAGUCUUGUUUUUAAAUGCCUGUGCAGCACACAACAAUGGGUCUAAUUCAAUUAAGUUCGUAGUUGUAAAAAAACAAAGUAUGUGUUGAAUAAUAUAAUAAUAUAGAGUACAUGUUUGGGGUAAAUUUUUAUUGAAGAGUAUGAAAUUAAUAUCUUUGGGGUAAAUUAGUGUGUUUUGUGAGCGGUAAUCUGCCUACUAGAAUAGACUUAAGUGUCCUUGCAAAUUUUGCUUCUUUAGUUGUACAGUAUGCUUAUACAGUAUGUUUUCACACAUUUAACAGGACAAUUAACUGUCAGACACUGAACUCAUUAUUCAUUAUUACUAGUCUCCAAUUGUAAUUUUGAAACAGCUUCAGUAAAUCUGUAAAAUAUGCAAAUAAAUAUUAAUUAUGACCACAAGAAAAAAAACUUUAACUUAGAUGUACUAAUUAAAUGCUAAGGAUUGCUCUGUAUUUUGUUAAAUGUAUUGAGUAAACUUCUAUUUUCCCAGCUAAAACGUUAUUUUGACCAACUAACAACAAGUGUGGCAACUUUAGUGCCAGCCAAACGUAUGUCACCCACCUGCUCUCUUACGUUCAGUUUCUCUUCUUGUCAUGUUUUGGAUCACUAAUUCAAACAGAGUCACAGCGUAAUACUGCUCAUUAAACUGUCUCGAAGGAAAAACAAUGGCAGCAACAAAAAACAGAUUUGUUCAGUAUUUUUAUUUUUGUCUUAAAAUAAAAUUCUUAUCUUACAAAAACAUGUAAACACAUAAAAAAUAAAGGCUGCUAGCUACAGUAAAGAAUACCACUGUCUUUGUUACAGGAACAAGGGUUAAAUAUCUCUAUGUAUAAAGAUGCAAUAGUAACGUUUUACUUAGCUUUUUCCUCUAGAUUGUUAUUACAACAUUUUUUUUCUGAAAGGAAAAACAACCGUUGUAAAAUGAUAAAGAAACAUAGAUUAAUUACAAAUGUCAGAGUUCUGAAAAAAUAAAAGAUCUUUCAGAAUCUAGCCCAUAGGGUUUAGUGGAACAGACAAAUAUGCACUAAGGAUGCAGUACAUUUCUAUAUUUUUUUACACUGAAUGGUAAUGUUAUCAGAGGUUUUAUUUCUGGGAAUUAGAUUAUGCCUAUAUAUAUUUUUUUCCUGAACAAAGCUUUUAUAUGUAUUAAAUGUUAUCAUAACUAUGACUCAAUAUCUUAUAUAAUUCAAAUUAACCAUUGUCGUAAAAGUCUGAAGUAAUGUGUUGCAUUUUUGUUGAACAAAUUAACAUGAGCGUUAUACUUCUAGUUAGUAACUCAUUGUUAGCUCAUGUGCAUUUUAUGUUAAUCAGUUUUAGUUUUUUAAAAAGAAACAUCGCAGUAUGCAAUACGGAAAUAUAGUAUUAUAGUUAAUCUAUUGUUUUACAAUAUUACCACUGCAUAAUGUAAUUUAUUACUAAAGUUUUGAAUAAUGUGUAAAUGUUAACAAAAAUAAAUUCUUUAAACGUU